CUGGCACAAAGGAGGCGCAAUCAACCGCUUCGAGGCAGACCACCAUCCAACAAGAGAGUUGACCCGGCUACCACUGCUGACGGUGGUGAAACCACUCAGACCUUUGCUACGCCCUCUGUGGACUCCAUUUUGAGCCGAAAAAGGAUGGCCGCCUGGGCCGAAAGAUCGAGAGGACGACUGAAGAAAUCGAGGAUAGCAGAGUAA